AUGCGGGCCUGUAACACUCCUGAGAUUCACGCACACCAGUCAGGCACUCAACCAACCAGCGGAACGCCAACUGACCAUUCGCGAAUCUACCGUUUCAAGCGGAAGCCCAAGAAGAAGAACAAGCUACAAGCUGCCAUGUGCAUUAAGGUUGAGUGCCCCACCUGCCACAAGGCCACGUGGAAGGGCUGCGGCCAGCACAUCGACGCCGCGCUCGUCGGCGUCAAAGAGGAGGAGCGCUGCCCCAACUGGAAGACCGGCAAGCACGAAAGCACCUGAGCAACAGUCGGACCAGAGUCAACGCGCUUACACGACACCUUCUAGCAGUUAGGGAUAGGAACGAAGACGUCGAGAUCCCGUUGACCCAACGUCACCACAAUUACCAUUUUAUCAAAUGAGAAAACAUUUAUCAAACUCCGACA